AAAAGAGCAAAAGGCCAAGUGCUGUUUGACAAAGUGUGUGAGCAUCUCAGUUUACUGGAAAAGGACUAUUUUGGGCUGUUGUUUUAUGAGAAUUCAGAACAGAAGAUCUGGCUAGAUUCUUUGAAGGAGAUUAAGAGACAAAUUCGAAGUUUACCUUGGAUAUUCACCUUUAAUGUGAAAUUUUAUCCUCCUGAUCCUUCACAGUUGACUGAAGACAUCACCAGAUAUUUCUUGUGCCUACAGCUUCGUCAGGAUAUUGCUUCUGGACGACUGCCGUGUUCGUUUGUGACUCACGCCCUCCUUGGUUCAUACACCCUGCAGGCUGAGCUGGGUGAUCAUGACCCUGAGAAACACAGCAGUGACUAUAUCAGUGAAUUCCAAUUUGCGCCCAAUCAAACACCAGAAAUGGAAGAAAAAGUAGCUGAGCUACACAAAACACACAGGGGCUUGACUCCAGCACAGGCGGAUUCCCAGUUCCUAGAAAAUGCUAAGAGACUCUCCAUGUAUGGAGUGGAUUUGCAUCAUGCCAAGGAUUCUGAAGGUGUGGAUAUCAUGCUGGGUAUAUGCGCUAACGGACUGCUCAUUUACAAAGACAGACUCCGGAUCAACCGCUUUGCUUGGCCAAAAAUUCUGAAGAUUUCCUUUAAUCAAAGUAAUUUCUAUAUCAAAGUCAGGCCAGCAGAACUGGAAGAGUUUGAGAGCACUAUUGGGUUCAAACUGCCAAACCGUCGGGCUGCUAAAAGGUUAUGGAAGGUUUGUGUGGAGCACCAUACUUUCUUCAGACUCUUAUCACCAGAACAGCCUCCAAAAGCAAAGUUUCUAACCUUGGGUUCCAAGUUUCGCUACACUGGACGUACGCUAGCACAGACGCAACAGGCUAGCAACCUCAUAGACAGAUCAGCUCCAUACUUUGAACGCACUUCAAGCAAGCGUGUUUCCAAAAGCCUUGAUGGAGCUCCCCUGGGUAUCUCAGACCAAAGUGUGCUAAGAGACCUCCCUGCCACUGGAGGGCAGGCUGCUGGUCAGGCCAAGUUAAAAGAAGAUGACAGAGAAGAUGAAAGCCCAGUCAAAACUCCACAAUUAGAAUUGACUCAGGAUGGAAAGAGCAAUUCCUUGAGAGUAGACGGGGAAAAUAUUUAUGUCAGACAUAGCAAUUUAAUGUUGGAGGACCUGGAUAAGACCCAGGACGACUUACUGAAACACCAGGCUAGCAUUAGUGAGCUCAAGCGCAAUUUCAUGGAAUCCACACCUGAACCACGCCCAAAUGAGUGGGAAAAGCGGCGUAUCACACCUCUGUCCCUACAGACACAAGGGAAAAAAGGAGACCACAUUUUCCAAGUGAAAACGCUGCCUGGGAAGGAGAAGCAGUGGACUGCAAUGCCAUGGAUUGCUGGAGCAAAACCAGAGGAAACUGAUAAGGUGGCUGCCCUGAAACCUACUGCCUUUUUUGCUGCAACUGCUGUGGGCUAG